AUGAAAAAAACUGAAUUAAUUAAGUCAAUGUUCCUUUUGUUAUUGUGUUUUCUAUCUGACUUAUUUCUGUGUGAAGCCCAAAAACAAGAAUGGCCUCUGUUUCAUAGUACAUGUGGAGAUGGAAUUGUUCUUGAAUUAAAUGAAGAGUGUGACUCUGUAGCACAUUGUACUAAUUGUUUGUGUGACACUGGUUAUUAUUCAGCAGGGAAUAACACUUGUCUUCCAAAGUGUGAUAUUAAAGGAUGUUUAACUGGAUGUACUGCUCCGAAUCAAUGUGGUUCUUGUGACACAAACUUAGGAUUUGCAUCUGAUUGCCAUUCAUGUAAUUUCAAAACUCACUACGCAAAAGGAUUUCUUGAAUGUCAAACGAAUGAACCAACUCACUCAUGUAUUGAUUACAUUACAGCAUAUCCAAAAGAAUUAUCAUUAACUAAUCCAGAAAUAAAAAUAUUAGCAAAUGAACACCAACUAAAUGUUGUAAAGAAAACUGCAUUCUUAUACGGACCAAAUCCUAUUGCUGAGGGUGCAUGGGUUAAGUUAAGUAUAACUGAAGAUUCUUAUUACAUUAUUGAAACAAGUCAAAAGAAUUCACAGUCUUCAAUAUCAUUUGCCUCAUAUCAAAACCAAGUGUCAGGCCAAGAUACUGUUCUUUUUAUUACUGAUAGUUGUGUGUCAGAUUCUUCAUAUGAAAUUAUUACAGAAAAUAAUGAUGUCUCAGAGAAAGUUAAGUCUUCAAGAAUUAUUCGUUCAUUUACAAAAGGGAUAUAUUAUAUUUUUGUUUUUACCCCUUAUAACAAAGGAUUUUCUUUUGACACAACAGUUUAUUUAACUAAAAUAACUCAUCCUUGUGGUGUCACCUCAACUAAAAUAUCUAUCUCUGCAAUAUCAAAUGGGUUUGUUCAAAAAAUUUUUUCAGCUUUCACUCAAGAAACAUCAUCUGCUUGUACUUCUUCUCAAUCCAAAGGACAAUGGUUUUUUGUUGAAGGAGCUAAUUUAAAUAUUAAAUUUGAUACUUGCUCUUCAGUUACUGAUUAUCCAACUUCUAUAUACGUUCUUCAAAUUGAUAAAAAACAAUAUGUUGAUGGAUCAGAAACUGAUAUUACUGUUAUCGACUGUGUCACUGAUACAAAAUGCCUCCAAGCAAGUUAUACUGGUUGUCCAAACAAUAACAACUUAGCUUCUACUGUAAUAGCUAUGGACAACACUCAUGAUUAUUUUAUUCACGUAGUCCAACAAUCACCAUUAGGUUCUGAAUAUACUAUAUCUGCAUCAGUUGUUUGUCCAAUGAAUUGUGGUGGAAAUGGAGUUUGUGAUAUUCACACUGGAACAUGUACAUGUAAACCUGGUUAUACAUUAAAUUUUGGUAUUUGUUCAUUAUGUGGGAAUGGAGUAUAUGAUGUUGGAGAAGAUUGUGAUCCGUCAGUAUCCCCUGACCCUUUAUGUGAUUCUUCAUCUUGUUAUUGUAAAUUAGGAUAUUCUUCUUUCUCAAUUGCAGGUAAAACAGAGUGUGCACCUCCUUCUUGUGGAAAUGGAAUACUUGAUCCUUUAGAAGAAUGUGAUGGAGGAAAAGGGUGUGGGUCAAAUUGUCUUUGUGGUGAUGGUUAUGUUUCAUACACUGAAUUAAGAACUUAUUGUCUUUCAAAACUAUGUGGAAAUGGUGAAAUAGAUGAAGGAGAGGAUUGUGAUGGAGGUGAUGGAUGUUAUCAAUGUGAAUGUCAAAGUGGUUGGUAUCCACAUGGUGCUAUUUCAUGUAGAAAAAUUCCUGUAUGGUUAUAUUGGGUAUUAUAUGUAUUAACAAUAUUUAUCUUAUAUUGGAUAUUCUUAAUCAUUACUGGACUCUUCAUUGGACUAUUGUACCGUCGUUUAAAUAAAAUAAUUAAAAGUGACUUAGAGAAUUUAGACCUCAUAGAAUCUAAGAUGCAAGUUUUUGAUAAUCAAGUUAUUCCAUUUGACUCUUCUAAUUCUCAAUUUAUAGAUGCUACAAUAAGUAAUCCAUUAUUUUCUUUUAAUCCAUGUAAAGUUACAUUUGACGAUUGUGGAGAUAUGCCUGAUGUAGAUGAUCCUGUUGUUACACUUGUCACAUUAACGAAUCUAAGAGAUGAAAAUUUACAUUUUAUUUUUCAUGGAGAAGAUAAUGAAAAAUAUAAGUUAGCAUUCAAACCAACCACAGGUAUUAUUAAAAAGAAUAAGUCUAUUGAUAUUGAAAUUCAUUUAUUAGUUAAAUGCACUUGUGUUCUUCGAUGUAAGAUUCCUGUAACAUUAAGGUAUGGACAAGCAAAAGAUGUAAUUAAAGACCUUCAAAUAAAUAAUCCUGAAUUAGUUGAAAACAACUUACAAAAUUCACAAAAGUCUGGUGAAUUUGAAAAUAAAUCAAAUCCAUCAAGUAAAAACUCUUCAACAGUUCAUUCUGGUGUAUCGAAUAAUUUAUCAUCAAAGAAAAAGAAGACUAACAAAAACAUUAAUAAAUUUUACACUUUCUUAACAUUUGAAAUAUCUUCAGGUCUAUCUACAAAAUUAGAUUAUGAUGAAAUUGUAUUACAACCACCAAGUAUAGGUGAAGGUACAUUUGGAGUUGUUUAUAAAGGAACUUGGAGAAGUGUUGAUGUAGCAGUAAAACAAUUAAAGACACAAGGAGUAAGUGAUGUAGAUAAAUUAGUAACUAUGUUUACUAGAGAGGCAGAGCUUCUUGAAAAAAUUAGAUGUCCUUAUAUUGUUAGUUUUAUUGGUUGUGUUACUAACAAAGAACAUCUUUGUUUGUUAACUGAAUUUUGUCCAUUAGGUUCAUUAAGAAAAAUUCUUAAAAAGAGAGAGGAUUUAAAUGAACAGGUAAAAAUUAGAAUAUGUCAAGAUAUAUCAAAAGGAAUGGAAUAUUUACAUAUUAAUGAUAUUCUUCAUUCUGACCUUAAAACUGAUAAUGUUUUAAUGGUAUCAUUAAAUCCACAUGACUCUGUGUUAUGUAAAGUUAGCGAUUUUGGUACAUCAAGAUGUUUUGUAGAAUCUUCAAAAGGUCUUGGAAUUAAAGACAUUGGAACUCCUGUAUAUAUGGCUCCAGAAGUCCAUCAAUCAGAACAAAUUACAUUAAAGUCUGACGUUUAUUCAUUUGCUAUUUGCAUGUUAGAAAUAUGGAACAAUGGAAGUUUGUAUGAUGAACAACAUUUUCCAGAUAUAGACUCUAUUCUUCGUUUUGUUUGUGCUGGAAAACGACUUGAAAUUCCACAAGAAUGUCCAUAUAAAGGAUUAAUUCAAAGAUGUUGGAAUCAAAUUCCACAAGAACGUCCACAAUUUAAAGAGAUUUCUCUUAUUCUUGAUACUUAUAGUCAUCAAGAUGAAUUUUCUGCUGAAGGGUCUGUGGGUUCUCGUUCUGAAUCCCCAACAAUAUCUUCAUUUAUUCAUAAUUCACAAACACCCGUCAAAGCCGGUGUAGUUAUGAGUAAGAAAAAGUUAUCUUUUAAUCCAAAUGGACUUUUAGGAACAUUAACAAAAAGUCCUAGAGAAAAUAAAAAUAGUCCAUCCCCUUCACUAAAAUCUCCUUCAUUAAGAAGUCCAAGAAGAGAUUUUCCAAAAAGUGCUUUUACUUCAUCUUCUUCUUUAAUUCCUACAAAUGUUUUAAGUCCACAAGAAAUAAAAGUUGAAACACAAAAUGCUUAUCCUCUUUGUCCUAGUGCAGACAUUAAACUUCAUAAAAAUUUAACUUCUCAAAGUAUGCAAAGAUUAAGUGCUUCUCCUACCUAUAAUGUUAGUGACCUUGACCCUUAUGAAAAACACCCAUUAGAAGACAUUCUUAAUCCAGAAUUACUUCCAACAGAACAACAAAAACAUGGAAAAUUUAAGUUAUAUUCAUCACCAUCUUCUACUAAAAUAAAAAGUGAUACUCCUAUUUUUAAUGAAAACCAAAACUCCCCAAAAACACCAAAGGCAAAAAAACAAAGUAUUAUCACUGCUCAAUCUAUAAAAACUACUACAUCUGAAAAUCAAACACCAAGAAAUGGUAAACAAAAAGAAGUACGUUCAAAAGAAGAUAUAAUACCUGAAAAUUAA